ACAGAUUUACUAAAUUCCAUUUGGUACUAACUCAUACGUAAUUAUAGUCUCUUUUAGCGAGCGAAAUGCGUUCAAUAGUAUUCCUCGUAGCAUUGCUGGGAUUUUUCAACAAUGUUAUCGCAAAGCCAUUGGAAGGAACAAAACAGUUCUCGGAUGAUUUCUUCAACGAAUCUGAUCUGAAGGGGCAGCCCGAGCUUCAAGAACUCAUUAAACAGCGACCGAACCCUUGGGAGAUGAGACAAGCUUAUGGCGUCAAGAGACAACUGAAGACUUUCCCUUGCCCUGAUGCUGCUGAUAUCGCCCCCUGCAUUUGCUACACGGAUGAACGCGACCUGCUUCAUCUUGACUGUUCACUGGUUCCUACUGAAAAAUAUCUAGAGACAAUUUUUCAGCAAAAUUUCCCAGUGAAACACUUUCAGAGCUUCGACCUGUUCGACAAUUCACACAUUACCACCUUGGGUGACAUCUUCAACGGCCUGACCUUCGUUGAAGUAUUCGUUGAGAGGUGCGUGAACCUGCGUGAAAUUUCCCAGUACUGGCUGGCCGACAGCCGCGACACCCUCGUCUACUUGUCCAUCGCCAACACGAGCCUCACAAGCGAUGCUUUUCCUUUCAUUUCCAUGGACUCCUACACGCGACUGGAGGCACUGUUCGUCCCUACCAACGACUUCACCUUCAUCCCGCCCAUACACUCUGCAACGAUACAGGGCGUCGCAUUUGAGUCAGGGAUGAUCUCUGUCAUCGAGCCAGAUACCUUCAGCAACUUGCCAAAUCUUACCUACAUCGGGCUGAGCCAGAACAACUUAACUUCCUUAGCAGCUAGCACGUUCGUGUUCAGCGGCGUGGACCACGUGCUUAUCUACAUCUACCUUUACUCGAACCAGCUUCAGCACCUCGAACCUGGAGUCUUCUCCGUGCAAGGACAUCCGCAAAACGUCACGAUGCGCCUGCACUUGGAAAACAACAAGCUGAGGACCGUGGACGAAGAGGUGUUCCGGCCCAUCAUGCCAUACCUUGAAUUUGUGCAACUCUUUGAUAAUCCGCUGGAAUGUGGCUGCGAUAUUGUAUGGCUUCUCUUGAACCCAACUUACCUGGACAAAGUUGACCCGAGGGCAGCGUGCUCUGAUGGGACGUUACUCACCGACCUCGACCUUGCCGAUUACGAAAGUUUCUGCUCAAUUCCGGCAUCACAUUGAUGCUCAAGCAGUUCUUUUAUGAAGAUUGCUUAAAAAUAUGAAGUUUAUUUGGCGGUGACUCUAUGAAAUAUGUUUUUAGCUCUGGCAUAAAUUUUCGAUCGUGAAUAAACACCUCAGUAUUUGUUACCGAUGUAUUAAGAGCAAAACACAAUUUAAUUAUAAAUUGCCGAAAUAAAAUGGAAACAACAAAA